UAACUUCACAUUCUACAUUACAAUUUUACAUGACCCAUUUUUGUUGACGUUGUAAGUGAAUUGAGUUAUUUUUUUUUUAGCUGAAAAUGUUAAUUUAAAAGAAAUUACUUAGAAGUAUUUUGAGCAAUAUGAUGCAAUUUAUGUUGCUGUUUAGCCGACAAGGCAAGCUUCGUUUACAAAAAUGGUACGUCGCCCAUCCAGACAAAUUAAAAAAGAAAAUCACGAGAGAGCUGAUUACCACAAUAUUAGCUCGAAAACCAAAGAUGUGCAGUUUUCUUGAAUGGAGGGACCUCAAAAUUGUCUAUAAAAGAUAUGCAAGUUUGUAUUUCUGUUGUGCAAUAGAACAGGAUGAUAAUGAACUGUUAACUUUGGAAGUUAUACAUAGAUAUGUUGAGUUGCUUGAUAAGUAUUUUGGAAGUGUGUGCGAGUUGGAUAUAAUUUUUAACUUUGAGAAGGCCUAUUUUAUUUUGGAUGAAUUAAUGUUAGGUGGGGAGAUUCAGGAAACCAGUAAGAAGAAUGUAUUGAAAGCAAUAGCUGCUCAGGAUCUCUUACAAGAGGAGGAGACACCACAAGGAUUCUUUGAUGACCAUGGACUAGGUUAAGAAGACCUUUAUUUUCUUAUUAUCAGUUAUAAGGUUCUUUAAGUAUUAAGUUUUUAUUUUAUUUAACGCAAAAUAAUGCAACUACUUAAGUAUUGAAAUAUAUGACAUUUUUUUUUAUUUUACUUAAUAUAAAUAAUUAUAUAUUUUAUGUAACUCCAGACAAAAGGUGAUUACUGAAAAUAAAGACAUUUUUAAAAGUGUAA